AGUCGAACUCGUUGGUCUGCGAGUCAGGAUGUGAUCAGGAUGUGGAUUGAAACGUGCGAAUUUCCAACGGAUUUCUCCGUCAUGACGUCUGACGGGUAUCGCUCGAAAUGACUAUGGAUAUCCGUUCAGUGCUCGCGUUUCUGAUAUGGGCCCUUUCGGUCCAUGGAGGGCUCUGUGCAGUUCUGAGGAUCAGCGCGGAUUCUGCUCAGCCUGGAGAAGAAUCGUUUCAACCUCUCCAGUCGGUGACUACUUGCAGCCGAUACGACGACGUUCGACUGCAUUGCGAUGCGCCAGCGCGAAUUGUGAUCCAUGAGGCCCGGUUUACAUCUGAAAUGCCUUUGUUAGAGCUCGAGCAGCGCUGUAACCAUACUGACCCUGGCACGUACGUCAAGGUGCUAAACGGUCAGCACGGCUACAACUGCUCGGAAGACAUCCGUUCCUCCAUCAAUCAGAGGUGUUCAGGACAACACUCGUGCCUGUUCAGCUGGACAAGGGACCAUGUGAAGGAUCCGGAGGCCCGGGCACGGUGCAAAGGCGAAGGGAUUAUCCAUGUGGCUUAUCGAUGCGUGGCUUUCCAUUCGAACAAACUCCAAGUCACCUCGGUGUGCUCCAAACGCCUCGGAGCCGAACAGAGCUACGGCUAUCUGAUGUCGCCUGGCUACCCGGAAUUCUACUACGUCGAUGCGAAGCACAGCCAGAAAUGUAAUUGGACCAUUCAAGGCAGACAGGGUCAAACAGUGACAGUGAACGUACUCGAUGUGCGCUUAAGACCUAUGCUGCGGAGGAGUCAUAAUCACAUCACAUCUGAGGAGUGCGGCGAUCUCCUCCGUUUGACAUCCGGGGAUCACAGCGGAUCACUUCUCGCAGACAUCUGCACCGAUCAACAGCGCUAUUUCCUAAAUACGUUUUCCAGUGCCAACUCCAUCUCUGUACAGUUCAUCUCAUCGGGCUUCGCGCCGCAGCGAGGAUUCAUCUUAGAGUACAAAAUCUCGGGUUGCCCUACCCUUCCAGAACCUAUCCAGGGGUUUCUGGAAUCUCGAAACACGACGGCGGCGACUUAUCGCUGUCGGCAGGAUUUCUACUUCGCCGACACUCUUUCGCAUCAUAAGACAUUACUCUGCCUGAACGGCACUCGUUGGGACCGGCUUCUGGGACAGUGUCUCUCGACGUACGAACUCGCCUACCAAGGCAAGUUGAUUCUCGGCUCUGGACGUCCUGGUUACUCGCAAGAGCCGUCGAAUACGAUCGACGACAGCGACGACCUGCCUCGGGCGAUAACUUCAAACACCAACCGAGAAACAAAAUCUAGUCUGAACCUUUCAUCCCUGACGCGCACCAUGUCGGAGUACGCGGACGUAAUCAUUCCUUCGAUCAUCGUGGGUCUCCUGGUCUUCGGCAACACGAUCAUCGUUCUUUAUAUAUGCAAACUCAGGAGGCAGAACAAGCAGCGCAUUUGUGCUCGAACCCCCAUUGAGCUUCCCCUGAAAGACAGAGACGAGCAUAAAAUCGCUCCGCUCGCCACUAUCUAACCGUGGGAAGGGCACGCGUUCCAUAUCACAGAAAACGGAGGAACAAAAUGUUCCAACAAUGCCGUCUAUGGAUCAACUGUAUAGCAGCGACCGAGCAAGAAACUUCAUCCUGUAAAUGGCCUAGUGUAAAGUCGUUCCUGUAAUCUCGAUCGAGGUUUAUUUAGUAGGUUAAUGAAUGGUAAUUACUGAUGAUGAUAAUAUAAUAAGUAGACAGGCACCCGAUUUCUGCUUUGAUCGGUAUUUCGUGGUCUUUCAUUUACGUGAGAGUUUCGGUAGGACUUCGAAGAGCUCUCCGUCUCAAUCGUGGCAAGAAGUAUGUAUUUGUUCCUCGGUUUAAUGUAAAUCCAUGACCAGCUAGAUGAGGUAGACACGCUUAGCGACAGACAUAGCGUGAGGAUGCGAGGAGUGAUGGAAAAAACAAGACAGUAUGUAUUGGAAGAAGACGGCGUAGGCGAGAACGGAAGCGCCUCCUGGAGCAUAGAAGAUGAAAAGAGAGCCUGUACAUAAUGUUAAGUGUUCCGAAAGGUCGAGAAGGACCUCCUUCCGUGUAAGAAGAAGUUCCAUGGAGAAGCUUGAAUGAAAUUCAGACAUUGAUGGUUCCUGGC